GCGGACUCUCAUGGAAGCUCGCGGAACUGAGGCCGUCGACAAGCUGAACGCUGAAUAUGGUGGUGCUGAAGAAUUGUGUAGAAUGUUGAAAGUGGAUCCACUACAUGGUCUUCCGAAUGAUCUUCAACAGCUUACGAAACGUCGCGCAAAAUUUGGUUCAAAUACUAUUCCACCCGCAAAAUCAAAAUCAUUCUUCCAUCUCAUUUUUGAUGCCUGCAAGGACCCGACCUUGGUAAUUCUUUUGGUAGCUGGUUUCAUUUCAUUGGGUCUCUCGUUCUAUGAGCCCGGCCAGGUUGUUCAAGGACAGCAGAAUGCGACCAACAUUCUCAGUAGCGCUAACGCGAACCAUACGCUAGAGGGCUUGAUUGGACUUUCAAAUUCAACAUUUCGGAUCGACGAACCGACAUCGGCGAACGAAGAUCAUGGUUCAGCAUGGAUCGAGGGAGUGGCAAUUCUAAUCUGUGUUGUUGUCGUUGUUCUCGUCACAGCUAUCAAUGAUUUCUCGAAAGAACGA